GUUGCCGUCCAGGCCAAUGUCUCGUCUUCUGUACAUGCUAAGAACAAAAUUGUUCAUAAUUCAUCUAUUCGCUCCAUCUUGAACAUAUCUGUGCUCCCCAAACACCCCUCGACCAAGAUGGCAGCCGAAAAGCAAGAAGGCGGACAGGCCACUUUUGACCAAUCAAAAGGGUAUCAGAAGAAGGAAUUGGACUCGCCCUAUGUUCGUAUCCCAAUCACUCGUCUCGUUAGACAAGCACGAGAGGACAGCAACUCACAUAGCCAAACGAAUGUAGUACAACGACGGCCGCGAGAUCCAACUUCUGCACUUCGUCUACUCACACCCCAAGCUUGAAUCAUUCCGCAACUCACCCCAGGGUGUCCUAGCCGCGAUCGAUGAAUAUGGCCGAACAAAGAAAUAUCUGAUGAACAUUGGCGAGGACAAGGGAAAGAUCGUUACUGAGGUCAUCGCUGAGGUUAAACCCGCAGUGAUGGUAGAAGUGGGCGCAUAUGUCGGGUACUCUGCCAUUCUCUUUGCCGAUGCAGCCCGUCGCGCUGGAGGCAAGGCAUACUAUUGCUUGGAGCACAACCCAGAGUUUGCUGCAGUAGUGGCAUCGCUCGUCAACCUUGCCGGCCUGGGAGACUUUGUGAAGGUUAUUGUUGGUGGUGGCUCUGACUCGUUCACACGCUUGAAGCGCGACGGAACCUUCUCACACAUCGACCUGCUCUUCCUAGAUCAUCUCAAGGAAUUGUAUGGUCCUGACCUCAGGCUUGCUGAGGAGCUGGGCUUAAUAUCAAAGGGCUCUGUUGUAUGCGCAGACAACGUCAUCUGGCCCGGAACUCCAAAGUACCUGAAGUACGUGAGAAGUUCUGUUGAGGAGAAGCGAAAUGCUCCAGCGCCAGAAGAGGGACAGCGGAAGGGUAACCCGAACCUGAUUUAUAAGAGCGAGCUGAAGGAAAGCUUCGAGCCGACAGGCGAAAGGGACGGAGUCGAAGUCACAAGGUGUCUGGGCGAAGAAUCUUCCGCAUGAUCCACAUUCGGAAUGCGCGCUCAGGAACUGAAGGUCGCCGGGUUCUUUGGGAGGUCGUAUGCCUGGCAGUGUGAAUGUCGAUUGAGGC